GACUGAUUCUGACUAUAUAACUAAAACUAGACGUGAAUCGACGCCUCUUUGCUGUAUCCUAUAUGAAGGAAGAUUUCCAAAAAAGAGGACACAUCCGGGGUAAAUGGAACGUUUCUCAGACUGAACGCGAAAGUAAUUUGAGAUCCUCCGGUUAAUGUGUGUCAUUAUCAGUGUGUGAACCUGGAUCAUCCGAGUAACUGACGACAGACUUGGGCGUGGUGUGUAUGUGUGUGUAUGUGUGUGUGUGUGUGUGUGUGUAACUUGGGCGGGUUUUAGUGUUAUGAGCCGAGUUGCUACAGACUGUUGGAUUUGUUUCGAGCACUCUGUCAGGGAUUAUUUUAUACACGACGUUCAGCCAUGGCGCGUGGCGGCUUCUUCCGGUUAGUGCUCCUCUCAGCGGGUUUUAUUCUCAAAGCUGCUGGUGACCUCCUGGUGUUUGAGCCCUCUAGCCUGGUGGUAGAAUAUGGCAGUCAAGCCUCAGCUAACUGCUCCACUACCUCCAGCCAUAAAGGAAUAGGCUGGGAAGCCUCAGAGGGAGCAGUGGAUAUGGUACAAACCGUCCGGCACCUUACGUGGACAGUGCCGAGCCUUACACACUGGGAUAUAAAGCCACUGUGCUACAUGAACUUGGAAGACGGGGAGCAAAUUGAAAAGGUUCUCCCGGUUACUAUUUACAAGCUUCCAGACACAUUGUCGGUCAGUUUGAAGAAUUGCUCAAGAACAAUAAAUGAGGGGGAAACCUGCUUGCUUCAGUGUUACAUUCAAAAUGUUGCUCCUGUUCCAUACCUUAAAGUCAUGUGGUACAGUCAACAGUUUCUUAUGACGAAUCACUCCUUUGAUGAAACCGCCAUCAAACCAGUGAACAAAACCGUAAACCUCCUGAUCCAGCCCAGCAGAAAUGACGAUGGAGCCGAGUAUUGGUGUGAGGCAAAGCUGGAACUGCGCCAAGAAGGACUACAGCCUCAUCUUAGAAAGAAAUCGGAACGUCUCAGUAUUGCAGUACACUACAAGCCAGUGUUCGCUAAUGAUACAGAGCAGAAGAUCCUAGAAAUAGGAAAUGAAGAGAUCAUCUUAAACUGUACUGCCAGAGCAAACCCUCCUUCUGAGUACACCUGGAAUGUGACACCUGGAAUGGAUAAAAAUGAACUUGAUUUAUCGUCCCCGUCAUUGUCCGUUUCUCAGCCGGGAAACUACACUUGCACUGCGUCAAACCGUCAAGGCAUGGCAAAGAAACUGUUUGUCGUCAAACUGUCUGUGUAGCCUUCACUCUCAUUUGCAUUCAGUUCUAAAUUUAAUCUUCCCCCUUUUUUGGUUUUGGUUCACAUUCUGAUUUUAAUACAUAAUUAAGCAAUAUCACGCGAACAGGACGGCCGUUGUAGGGAAAAUCAGCACGGCUGUGAUUCGCAGUCGUGAAGCCGCAGUUUGCGACUGUGAAAUUGCUUUUAGACAAAGCAGGAAAUGAAUAAGAAGUUAACUGAAAUUUUAACACAAAAUAUGGCCAAUGAAAGUAUUUCCCAAAGAAGCCACAAGUGGAUAGAGUGUUGCCACGGUAACACACAAACUGACCGACAGCCCGUCGUACCUGUAGUAAUGGUUGCGACGUAACGAACCAUGAACACGGACGAGCGGGGUUAGGCACGUACAUCUCUACAUCUUGGUUGAUACAAUCUAGCGUUACGUUUCUGUAUUAUUUAGCACAUUGUGAAUAUACAGUGGGAAUAUGGGAUUAUAUACAGUAUGUUUAUAUACGUUUUGUUUUAUACGCGUUACCGCUGAUGGGCUGAAUUCACCAGGGAAAUGGCAGUAAAAGAAGGAAUCUCUAUGACCCUAUCUGGCAGACUGACACAAACCACGGUCGGUGAAAAGAUCCCAACGCUCACUGAUAAGUGACUCUGCGAAAACGAUUUGGACUCUUAAGCCACACUUAAAAACGUACGACUUUUUGACUGCAUUAGAAAACCAACAUCUUGAAUUUAAAGAUUCAAGUGAACAUGAACAUGCUGAAUUUAAAGAUCGAUAGCUAGCACUAGCAUGCUUUUCGAGCAAAAAGAUAGGUGUUAUGUUUCUGAUUAUAAUAUAGCUGACUAGCACCACUGUAGGAAAAUCAGCCCCAGCGUCCUGUGUAAAUACCCUCAGUGCAGUUUGAUUGCAAACACUUCACACAAACUCUUUUUUUUUCCCCCUCUUUUUAUUCAACUGAAAACUAAAGCAGUUCUUCAGAAGCUGCUGUCUUUCUGUACAUGCUCUUUUGCAGAUUUCACCCAUGCUUUCUUGAUGAAUGGUUUCCGCUCCAUUGCUCUCUCUCUGUACCCAUGAUGUGGUUUUGAAGAGUUUGUGUGCUAGUUGUAUAUCUGCUAAUUCGCACUGAUCUCCGAAGCACACCUUGCUCCUGUUUUUGCCUAUUUUUCUUUCUUGAUUUUACUGACAAUUACCCUGCCCAGUCUGCUGGUGUGUUUUUUUUCUGAGUCUGCCUACAUGUUGUCCGUUUUCAUUCAGAAGUCCUUCCUCUUUGAACAUUUUUUUUUUUACUGAUUUGGUGAAAAAAGGGAGCGAUGAUGCUAAAACUUCCUUCCCUGUUCUUUAACCAGCCGAUCCCGAGGUCAUUCGGGGCCACUGUAUGUUUACUUAUUUCAGAUUUUACAGUAGCAAAUGAACACAAGCUGUUAUGCAUAAAUCACGCCUGUUCUUUGUAAAAAACAAACAACAUAGAUUUUUUUUUUAAAUCGUCUGGUCACGAGUGAGGUUUGCUCCUCCAUCGUUCUGCAGGAUCACUGUUCGAGUCUGUGACUCUUUUAGGUUGUGAUUAAUACUGUGGAUAUUUUUUUUUUAAACAUAUCAAAAAUUCUCGUUAUAAAAUGAUUCAUUAUACUGUGGGAGCUACUACGUUAAGGUUAUAGUCAGUGAAUGCGCCAUGUGAAACUUGAGAUACAAUACAGUAUAUUGCAUCGUGAUAUGUGCAGCCAUUAUGAGCAACAAUGCCUGUAAAGGAUGUGUUUAUGCUCCCUGUUACAUACUGGCUGAGUCGAGUUUGUACCAUAGAAUUUGCAAAUACACAAAAUGAGGUUAACUAGCAUCCAUGCUAGUGGCAUGAGGACAGUGGGGAUAUUUAUUACAUUUAUUUUUAUACACAAUCUAUAACAGUAUAACAUCCUCACAGUAUCACUGAAUAUAAAUACUUUAUUGUCUUCUUCUCAUGCUCUUCAGAACAUUCUUGAUGAAGACGUGGUGUGUGGAAUGUUGUUGAACGUUUCAUAGGUGGGAAUGUGUUCGGGUAACAGGGUGGAGUGAGUGUUGUAACGAUUAGCUUUUAAGCCGAAGUGUAGUUAUUAAUGAGUUGGACAGGCUAAAUUCUGUUGUAUAAGUGCUGUAGGAUUUAUUGUUGCAUAUUGUUGAAUUCUCAGCUCAGAAGGUGUCGAUUUAAUUUUUGCAUAUUUGGUCAAAUUUGCUUUCACACUUCACGGAUGAAAAAAUGAAAAGGUUUCUUUAUUUGAAGAGGUGGGGAAUGAUUCUUUACAUGAUCAGAAAUAAGGUAGAAGAUAAGGUGAACAAAGCUUUUGCAUAAAAAUUUCACAUCUGAACAUGAAAAAAAAGAGUUAAAUAAUUAAUAACUCAAUUGCGUACAUAAACACAUAGUUUAAAUCAUUUAAAUUAGGAAUGUUGUAUGGAGCAUUUCUCUUUGUAUCUGUUCUCUGGUAUUUAGUACCAUCUCAUGUAUAGUUUUAGCUAGCUGCUAUGUGCUAUAAUGUAUUUUAGUUGGAUUUACACUGCAAUUGAACCAUUUAUUUAUUUAUCGGGGGGGUGUACUGAGACCACUUCCCACUUCCCAAACAGAAGUGACAAAUAAAUAGAUAGAUAGAUAGAUAAAUAAAUAAAUGGGCCUGGGAAACACUUACUGAAGAGACCAAUCCUGCAUUCGACUUACCUCAGAAGUAGGAGAUUGUUAGGAAUUAUGUAAUUUUUUUGUGCAUUCGCGCUACAGAACGGGGAAAAACCACGGACAGCUCUAUGUUUGUCGUUUGUUAGCAACGAUCUAGCCAGCUAACUGUGAUGAGUGAUGUAUAUUAUUCUCCUAAAAACAGUGAACUGUAGAGUCAGUGUUAUAGACGAUGUCUGUAUGUUGAUUGAUCUGAUUACAAACACAGCAUAACUCAUUUAAAGGUAAGCGCUGUUACUGUGUUUAUUGUUCAUGCUCCGAGCCACCAUGUUGAUUUGAGGUCGCGUGCUGAACUCGGGGAUGAGGAGACCGUCCUGAGUUUCCUGAUUAGGAGUCGAAGGGGCAUUUACUUUGGUUUUUCUUAGUCUGGGGUCGGGAAUUACGAGUUACAACCUUCCGUCGAACGCAGCACGAGGUUCUGGAGGUUGGUGUUAUUACUGUGAAACGGUAAAAGGUUGAAGCAAACUUCAGUCGUAUUAUUUGCACUUAUGUAGUAAUAUAUAAUUAUAUAGAAAUAAUAACAUAAUAGUUGCUCAGAUCCUUCCGCUUGCCGAUGUUUUUUUUCCUACUCCCAACCCAUCAGCUGUUCACUUGCUGCCUAAUUUAUCCCACCCCUUGACUGAUGCCAUUGUAAUGAGUUAAUUGAUUUUAUUCAUGUCCAUCUGUCAGUGGUUUUAAUGUUAUGGCUGAUCGGUGUAACUUGUUUGAGUUUAAGAAAGCCAUUUUUUCCUUAAAAUGGUAGAUUUCCAGAGUUUUAACAUCUGAUAUGUUUUCUAUGUUCUAUUCUGAUUAACACAAGGGUUUAUGAGACUUGCAAGUCAUUGUAUUCUGUCUUUAUUUACAUUUUACACAACGUCACAACUUUUUUGGAAUUGGGGUUGUACUUUUGCCACUCAAUAAAUUUUCCUCAAUAAAUAAAUGAUCAAGUAUAAAAGUA